AAUAUUUUUUUAUCUUAAAGACCACUGGGGAGUUUAGACACCAGAGUUUGGUAUUAGAAAAUGCCCGGCCCUCUGAGCUUUUUAGUGAAACAUCAUGGGAUUCCUGCCCUGCCUAUACAAAAGGACUUUAAGGGGACAGAAGAGCAGCACCAACAAAAUGGGAAGAAAAAAUGAUGAGAACUGUGGCACCAACCUGCACAUGUCAAGCACCUUUCAGGAGACUCUCUGUCAGUGCAACUUGGAAUCAGAAGAGCUCCUUGCUGAAAAUGAAAGGUUCUCACCAGAAGAGGAUGGUGCACCAGGCAAAAGUAACAAGAACCAUCUGGAAACUCUGUCAGAACAGCUGUUGCUGCAGUUGACCGUAUCGGAGCAUGCUCACAGUAGAGCGCAGAACAGUAACCAAGGGGGAUUUCAUAUGUGGAAUUCUCCUGUUAAUAAAGGAAAUACCAUGGAUAGCAGAGAAUUCAAAAAAUCUUCAGUGGAAACCAGCUUUAAUGCAGCCAACAGUCCCAGGCUCUUCACUCUAAACCACUCAUUAGCAAGUAUUCCGGGUUUGAUGAACAGCAAGCAAGUUAGUUCUUAUCCUGGUCACUCAAUGCCGGCAGGCCUCUGCUGGCCUUAUGCUGAUGGAGACUUUCUUAAGGAUAAAAAUGAGUUUCGUAUUAACUCAUGUUCAGCCAUGGAAAACAACAUUAGUGACCCUUUAUCUGCUUCAAAUUGUUAUCUCAAAGGCAAAAACAGCAGUGUGGAGGAAAAUGUCACAGAUGAAAGUGACUUAUCUGAAAAUGAGAAAAUGAAUUACUCUUUGCUCAACUAUUUUAAAAAGAUGGACCUGAACUUAAAGCCAGAAAAUAUCGAACAUGUAGAGAGAUCUCUCACAGAAGCAAAUGAAGCAGCUGUAUAUGCUGACUUUCUCCCUACUCCUUUCAACACUCUGGACUUGCACAGAUUCGCUCUCUCAAAAUGUGAAAGCUGGAAGUCAGUAGUGGACCCUCCAGAAAGCUCCAUUGAGCGUAUAAUAACUCGUUUAUUGGAACUGGAAAGAUUACAACAUAUGACCAUACAAAAAGAGAGGCCAAGGCUACAAAGUACUUUCUGUAGCUCAAUGUUUUCAAUGGCAGAACGACCCUCUUCCUCUAAAGCCAUUGCACUGAAAGCCAGGCCACCAAAGCUCCCUGACACAUUGACUCUACAGACUCCUGGCAUAGAUAAAAGUCGAGACAAGAGAAAAAACAAUUCUGGUUCUGGCAAGCCAGAACAAACUGUUUCCAAAUGGAACUGGAGCAGUGCUAGCAAAUGUAAGUCGAACUCUAGAUCAUUGCUAAAAUGUCCAUCUACUGCAAAACAGUGUGCUGUGACUCAUGAUGACUUCAAGAAUUCUAAAAACUCCAUUUUAAACCCCUGCCAGGAACUCCCACCCAAGCCUACUACUACCCAAGUAACUCAACCACUGGCUAAAGUGGUCUCAAUAAGAUGUCUCCCGCCAAGGUCCCCAGUGCCAGUUUCACCCAUACCCCUGUCUUUUCCAGAAAAUCCUAAAGAAGAAGUUAAAGCGUCAAGGACCAAAAAGAAACUUCACCGAAAAAGCAUACUACAGAGCAGACCUUUCUACAUUCAGAAGCGGAAGUGCUUAUCACCUCCACUUAUAAUCAAGGGCAAGUGCUCGCCCACUGACCAAAAAUAGCCUCCAUACAUCCUGAUGUGAGCAAAUCUAGUCAAUGAAACCCAGCUAAACCACGGCUCAUCAUUGAGACACAGGUAUUAGAAACAAAAACCUCACCCUUACAAAGUAACUCCUUGAUAUUAUAUGGGGUAGAACUUGUGAAUGUCACUGCUGUCUCUAUAUACAGUCAAGGGCUUCCUCACUGACACUGACAAUCCUCUGUAUGUUAUUCUUUGAAGAAAUAUCUCAUUUAGUAAAGCAAACUAUCAGAAGACUGUUCUUUUGUUGUAAUUGUUUUCCAAUAUGAUUCCAUCAUCA